AUUGGAGAGCAACAUCACUUGAUUGCUUCGUUGGAAAUCGACGAGGGAGGUGGUGAUCCAUUGUUCAUCGUUACAGAUCAAAAGAGAUUUGAGGCCAAACUCGCCGGGGUUGACAAAGUCAAGACCAAAGUCCGAAAUUGACAGUCAACAAUCCUGCCUGGAUUUGAGUGAGAGUGAGCCUCCAUAGACCGUCCCUGUUUAAGAACGGGUUUUCAUUUGGCAAUUACUUAAGUUGGCCGAAGAAGCUGGAAAAGUGGAGCUAUUCUUUUCAACUUCUCAAAACUGCUUAACAAAGCUUGGCAAUGGAUGCCAAAAGCAAAAUUUGUGUACUUCUAUGGAUUCAGUGGGUCUGUUUGGCGAUGGUUCAAGGCAAAUGUUUGAUGCGAGAGCCUCCGGAUAUCAUGACAGCGCCGGCGAAAGAUGAUGCCGGUUUCUAUUUAACUGUCAGUGGAAACCCAGAGCAUUAUGAACCUGGGAACCUCUACACCGUUAGUUUAAGGGGCGAUAAAACCAAAUUGACAGAGAAGAAGUUCACAGAAUUUCUAUUAGUGGUGGAAAAUUCAGAGGAGUGGCCCAACCAACAUUCAUCCUUUGGUCAACCUCCCGCCGGUAGUUCCGGCAGCUAUCAACUCUUGGGGGACGUUUUGACCCGAUUCUCGGACCAUUGCACAAAUACUGUCACCCAGACGUCUGAUGUGGAGAAAUCAGAGAUUCAAAUCCUAUGGACCGCUCCCCCUGCCGGAUCUGGUUGUGUCACCAUUAAGGCCACUGUGGUUGCCGAUGAUAAAACCUGGGCUAUGGAUUCAGGCAGAUUGUCGGUCCAUUUGUGCGAAGUCAAGAUAGAGGAACAUUUCCAACCAGAUGAAAUCAACGAUCCGUGUUGUGCGUGUGAGGAAUCCAAGUAUGAAGUCACCUUUGAAGGUCUGUGGUCGGACAAGACACACCCCAAGGACUUUCCAUCCAGUCAAUGGCUUUUGCACUUCUCCGAUAUUAUUGGAGCGUCCCACAGUGCCGACUAUCGGGUAUGGGAAUAUAAUGGCCACGCAUCGAAAGGUCUUGCUCAAGUGGCCAAAUGGGGAUCCCCGAGAGUGCUAGAAAGCGAGUUGAAGGCCGAAAGUCGGCACAUUCGUACCAUCAUCAAGGCUCGUGGUCUAUGGUAUCCAAACGUGAACGGCAAAACCUUUGCUGUAUUUAGAACAGACCGCAAGAACCACCUGGUUUCAUUGGUGUCCAUGUUGGGUCCUUCACCUGAUUGGAUUGUGGGUGUAUCAGGUUUGGAGUUGUGCAUGAAGAACUGCACAUGGGCAAAGAAAAAAGAGCUCUAUUUGUAUCCUUGGGAUGCUGGAGUGGAUAAUGGAGUCUCGUACGAAUCUCCAGAUUCGCCCACUUUUCCUCAACAACCCAUCAAAAGAAUCACAGCCAGAGAUCCAGAUGAUCCCAUGCAGCCCUUCUAUAACGCAUCAGGAACCCCGAUGAAACCCUUGGCCAAAUUAACGGUCACCCGUCAACGGUUGUACAAAAAGUCUUGUGGAACGGAUUACGACGAUCACCCGGAUGAAUAUAUGUUCUCGGAUAUUCACGAGCACGCUUUAGCCUUCGAGGAUCACGCUGUACCCGGAUGUGACGCUUCUGAAUGGACGGAUUGGUCGCCAUGCUCUGUCACUUGUGGAAAGGGAAUCUCCAUGAGGACUAGAACCUUUCUCAUGCCCGAAAAGGCCGCCAUGUUAGGAUGCGACCGACAGAUGAUCCAAAAAGAAAUGUGCGCCUCGGACGUUCCAAUUUGCGAAGGAAAUAGGUUCUACAUAUCAGCUCCAGCGGGGUUCUUACCUGACGAUAUGUGCGCCACAUCCGAGUGGUCAAGGUGGUCAGAAUGUUCCACAACGUGCGGCAAAGGCUUUAAAUCCCGCACCCGGCGAUUCUUCAACCGAAUGGGACGAAAGAAGUGUCCUCAUGUGGAGACAAUGGAGAAGUCUCUAUGUGCAGGAGAGACUGCCGUUUGUCCCGAGUAUUUGGGUGGUCCCAAUGGCCCCAAUGAUCCCGAGAAUGAUCCUCAUUGUGGCGUGACAAGCUGGAGCGAGUGGUCCCCUUGCUCAGUCAGUUGUGGAAAGGGCCUCAAAGUAAGGACUAGACUGUACAAAGUCUCUCCUCAACAACAAACGAAUGCCGAUUGCAACGUUCAACUGAUGGAAAAGGCCAGUUGUGAUGGAAGCAGAUCUGCUUGCGAAUUUAGCCUGGACGAUGCCAGAGUGAUUUGUGCUCUGCCCAAAGAGACCGGUCCUUGCAGAGGGUAUUUCCCUCGUUGGUAUUUUGACAACUCAACCAAAUUGUGUGGGCAAUUCAUCUUCGGAGGAUGCAGAGGGAACAGCAACAACUUUGAGCGAUAUGAUGAUUGCAUGAAGCUCUGUGAGAUGAUGCCACCCUCUGGAAACCAGUCAUUGAACUCCGGAAGUGAUCAUGGCCACCAAGGAGAUUUUGCAGGCAUGUCCGAAAAAGAGCGGAGGGAGAAAGAAGUGGCCAUGUACAUGCAAAAACAAGCGGAAAUGCUCAUGGCCUCGGACAUCCCAGACAUGCAGAAACAAAAGCAACUCGCCAUGGCCGCCAAAUUUGCUCAAAUGGAAAAGCAAAAGCUCAUGGCCAUGGCAGGUCAAAAAGCUCAAAUGGACUUGAAACUCGAGAUGGAAAAGGCGGCUCGAAUGGAACGAGCUCAACAAGAUCAAAGGGUCCCCGAUGAUGAACUAGAAAUGGAACGAGACAAACAGCAAGACAUCAUGCAUCAAUUAGAAGUGGCGAGACAGGCCGAGAUGGUUCGGGAAAAGGAAUCUAAGGCGUCUACCUGGUCUGACCUGGACGAGGGCAAAGUUGUGGAUUGCCUUGUCACGGCCUGGUCACCCUGGAGUGCGUGCAACGCCACCUGUGGCAAAGCCUUCAGGCGCAAGUUCCGCGAGAUCCAACGUUAUCCAACUGAGAAUGGCAGGAGUUGUCCUAAGAAAUUGGAACGCAAGCAGAAGUGUCGGCUAGCCCCUUGUCAACAGGAUUGCGUCUUGGCCCUUUGGGGUCAAUGGAGUCCUUGCUCGAAAUCUUGUGGCGAGGAUGGGGUCCAAACCCGUUCUCGAGAGGUGCUUCACACCCCAGGACAUGAAGGAUCAUUGUGCGGCGCCAAAGUGGAGAAACGAUUUUGUCUUCUGUCCACUUGUCCAUAGACAAAAGCGUCCUAUGUUUCUUUCAUUCUGUUAUUUCAAUUCGAUUCUGUCUCAAAAGCCUUGCUUCAAUUGUGUCUCGAAUCACCAAGACAUAUCAAAGGAAAAACAACACGUCCUUACGACAAAUAAAGUAUGGUAUUUCCCAUUA